ACUGAUCGCACCCGUUCCUCCCUCCAAUAAACACCCCUCCAAAACCCUACCUAGCUUCUCCUCCACAUCUCUCCUCCGCCGCUCAAACCUCUACACAGAGAGUUCUAGAGAGAGUGAGAGAGAGAGAGAGAGAGAGCGCAACAAUGACGACACGGUUGAAGAAGCACAGGAAGAAGAGGGGCCACGUCAGCGCCGGCCACGGCCGCAUUGGAAAACACAGAAAACAUCCCGGCGGGCGAGGAAACGCCGGAGGAAUGCACCACCACCGCAUCCUCUUCGACAAGUACCAUCCAGGUUACUUCGGCAAAGUCGGGAUGAGGUACUUCCACAGGCUCCGCAACAAGUUCUAUUGCCCCAUCGUCAACAUCGACAAGCUCUGGUCUCUCGUUCCUCAGGAAAUCAUGGCCAAGGCUUCCCCAACCAAUGCUCCGAUGAUCGAUGUCACUCAGUUUGGUUACUUCAAGGUUCUUGGUAAGGGCGUGUUGCCUCAAUCUAUGCCGAUCGUUGUUAAGGCUAAGAUUGUUUCGAAGACUGCUGAGAAGAAGAUCAAAGAGGCUGGUGGUGCCGUUGUUCUCACCGCUUAGGUUUGCUUUUGUUUUUUGAAAUUUAGGGUUUUGAGUUUUACUACACUUUGGGCGUAUUCAAGAUGACAUUUCUAUGAUUACUAUGUUUAGCUUUUAAUGAUGCAAUGCAAUAUUAUUGUUUUUUGUUUCUGUUCUGAGUAAUUUCUGAUCUCAUUUUGUUUUGGAUU